CAAGCUUUUAUGUAUCAUGUGCACGAAAUUUACGAUCGGAAGCGUUUAACUAUUGAAUAAUUCAAAUAGUUUAAAUUGUUGGGCAGCUGUAUUUUUUAAAACUGAAACACUUUAACAUCCGUAUGUGAAAUGAGUGCUAAUUGUUUGGAGGUUGAUCAGGCAGCCUACAUCACACUUGAAGCUGCACUGAAAGCAUUAAAUCCCGAGGUAAUACAGCAAAUCCAUUCUGUUGAAUCCAUCAUUGCUUCAGUAGACAAGUCACUGGUGUCCAAACAAAUAAAUUUCAACAAAACAGGAAAUAAGGGAAUCUUUAUGGGUAUUUGGGUUAACCAGCUGUAUUACAACAACACACAAUCAUAUAAAUUGACAAUAGAUGAAAUAUCGGAAAAUGGUACAGUAGGUUCUAGAUAUUUCCUAACUCUUCAUUCCAAAUCUGCUGAGGAAUGGCACAAUAAUGCUACAGUUAAAUCCAUAACAAAAGGGGUUGGAAAAGGCCUUAUCAUCUUUCAACACAUCCCUUACCAAAUUAAGAGUCAAAACAUAGAAUUUCACAUGAUUCCUUCAGCAAAUGGUCCUUGGAUGAAAGUCUUGAAUUACUUCAGCUCAUAUGUUGAUGCUAAAUCUGAACAAUAUGUGUACACACCUCUUUUUGAUGCUGAAAAAUUUAUGGCCGUGGAACAGAAACAGAAAAUGAAGUGCCACCUCUAUGGAGUUAUACAUUCAAUCAUCUUUAAACCGAAAGAAGGCAAACAGGGCAAAGGGCAAGGCAUGUAUGUCAUUGUCGAUCCUUCAUGUUACGAAAACAUGAUCAAGCAACGAGAGUACUGUAUGCACGUUUUCUCUUCUUCGCUUGCGGCUUUUCCAAAGAUUGAAAUUGGUGAUAUUAUUCGCUUACACCGCGCCUGGGCUGAAAUCCGACCAAGAGAUGGACUUACUGAUUUCCGUGUUUUCCGUGAAGAUGACUUGGUGGUAUUUCCAUGGAAUGAUGAAGAAAAACCUCGCUGUUCGGCUGGUCGUUUCACUUUCACAAAAGAGGAUGUUGAACAUGUAAAGUACUUGAAAAACUGGUCACUGGAACGAUACCGACAGCAAAAAGAUGUGCAGCGAAUAACUGAGGAAGCUAAGAAUAGAAACCCUAUUACCCUAAGUGAUAUCAAACCGAACGAGAACUUCAAUCUGCCGUGUCGUGUCGUAAGCUAUUUCGCUGAGAACCAUGGUGUAGCAAUUUGGGUUGAAGAUGGAACACGUUGCUCACUUACCACAAUUAGCGAUGCAAAUAUCGCGCCGUAUGAUUCGCAACAGACGCAAGUGGUUGACCAAGGUUGCUCCCGCAUCUGCAUCCGUUGUUCCAAACAUCUACUUGGCACUAUAAAAUUGGAGCCGCAAAUGUUUCUCUAUUUGAGAGACGUUGCGCCUACUGUUCAAAUGGCUGCGGGCAUCGACAUAACGCAGUUUGAAAUUAAAGGCGACAUUGAGGUGCUUCCUCUGAACACCAGAUAUCAUAUAUCGUUGACGCAACGACUGGAAAAAGUAGAAACUACAACAGAAGCGGUUCAGAUGGGAACCCUAGAAGUUGGAGAAGACAUAAUGGAAUUAGAUGAUGAAAUGGAACAACACCCACCUGAAAAUCGGCCAAUCGGAGAGGAAUCCGUCGGCAAUCAGCCGGGAAAAGAUUUUGCAUCCAGUCCAGCCAUUGAAACCGCUGAUAUGGUUAUUGAUCCGAUUCCUCAUCCGAUUCAACCUGCGAUUGCCCAAAAUGCAAAGGAUACCACAGAUGUACAGAAAGAUCACAUUGCAUCAUCUGGCGAAGGCUCAACCGAUAGAGCAAUGAAAGAAAUCCCAAGUGAUUUUUUCGAUCCCUUCUCACCUCCAAGGCAAGAACUCAUUCGCCAAGAUUAUGAGCGGGAAAAACAACGUUUGCGUCGUUUAAUUGACCCAGCAUUCGAUGAACUUGCACAUAUGGAAGGCUCACCAGUGAUCAGCCGUCCCUUAGUUAAGUCCCAAAAUUUGGCAUCCUUGGAAGAUAUGACCUUUAGCCAAGUAGUGGCUAGCACACAGAAACCACCACGUUUCCAAAGUGACACGGAGGAAUCAAAUGAUGCAGAUGAAUCUUCAUUUUCAACCUCGCUCGAAAUUCGUAAUGCACAGCCGAUUUUAAGCCCCGCGGAGUCUCCGAUCUCUUUUGAUGUGAAAAAGGGCGAAAGUCAAAACCUGUCACAAUCUCCAGCCUUCCAGAAACAUAGCCGUGACACUCGCUCAGCUUCACGUAGCAUCAGUCCACAUCCAGCCUUUCGUGCCGUCAAUGAAGUGCUUGAAAUCAAAACAAACUGUCGUUCAAAGGCGGACGACUUGAGCGAAAGUGAAAACCAGAUGAACACUAGUAUCGAUGUCCCUCUAUUUCGGACCCGCCCGAGCAAAGGAGACCAAAUCAUCGUUACCGCUAAAGCCCGUGCGAAAAAAACCAAGAACAAACAAGUUGCGGAGAUAGUUACGUUCGAUAAUGGCCAACAAGAAGAAUUAGUUCUUUUUGGAAAUCAAAGCAAAAUUGUUAAGGAAUCUAUGGUUGAAAAGAAAAAUGCCGGUAAAAUGACGGAUAGUUUUCCUAGAAAGAAACGUCGGGAUAGCGGUGGAAGUUCCAGUUCAGAUAGCAUUGUCGAAAUUGUACAAGAAAAUUGUUGUGAAGAAAUGAGUCAAGAAUCAGACAUGGAAUCCAUUGUCAUUUUGGAUCCCUUGUCACAAAUGGAUUUGGAAAAAAUAUUUUGUGCAGUAGAAGAAGCUCAUUUCGCCAAAAAAUAUCUGCAAAAUUUGGAGGAAAUGAAUAUCGUGCAGCCUGGGGAUCGUUUUAGGAUAACUGCACGGAUCUGUGAAUUGUUGCCGAAAGCAUGUUUGCCCGCCAGUGAUGAUCCAGUCGGGUUGAAAAGUUUGAUUGUCGCCUUUUGCCUCGAAUGCAGACAUUUGUGGCAGUACAACCAGUUCAUAGAUUCAGUCAGUGAACGAGUAUGGCAGCCUCGAACGCAACCUAGUGCGUCUUCGGUGGAGGACGGCGAGACUGAAAACGUAGUAAUAAACUAUCUUUGUAGCCGUGAGGACCAUGCCCGAAACAUUCGGAUGCUUAUCGAUGGAAGUUCAAGCAUUGACGAUUACGAAUUCGACGAAAACAUCUUUCUCGACAGAAGCUACGACUAUAUUUGCCCGUUGUGCAAUUCGAAUGGUAUUUCGCAUUCGCUGUGCACGUUAAAACCUUCAUUUUUCUUCAGAGUCCACGCCACUCAAUUAAUCGAGAAGAUAAAUAGCCAAAAUUCUACGUGCAUUCACAUCCUGGCAUCAGGUAUACAUGCAGAGUAUUUUUUUGGUACCAAAGCAGAUCACGUGUUGAGGAGCAAAGACAUUUGGAAUCGAGCCGAACAAAGAAUAAGCAAACUAGUCCAGAAUCAGCAACCCCUCACUCUAGGUUUACUACGGUGCCAAGACAAUCCCAGCGAGAUCCUCCUUGAAUUCACCAAAAAUGUUUUUGCUGUUAACCACCUGUUGCCAUGGUAAUUAUCGAGUUUUCUUGCAUUUAGUGUUUAUUGAAAAUUCUGUUAGUUUUAGUGCACAUUUACAUGAGCAUUUUUCUUCGUUUUGGGAGCUUACCUAUUUAAACACUUUGCGUUUUAGAGGAAAAAGAGCAUGAACAAAGCUAGUGUUUAUGUAAUGCAAAAACGAGGUAGAAAAAGAAAAUGCUCGUGUAAAAGCACACUUACUUUGCUUAGUAUGUAUGGAUUAAUCUAGUAAGAAGAGAAUCUUCUCUUGCGUGUUUCCUGAUGUUAUGAAUGUUAUUUGAUUUUCUUGCUUCUGUGAGCUUUCAAUCAUCGUUUGCAGAAAUGAGCGUUACUUGGGUGUAUUCUGUUUUAUGAAUA